ACAGGAGGAGCAGGAGGAGGAGGAGGAGGAGGAACAGGAGGAGCAGGAGGAGGAGGAGGAGGAGGAACAGGAGGAGCAGGAGGAGGAGGAGGAGGAGGAACAGGAGGAGGGAAUGAUUAUAGUUAUCAGAGGAAGGGUCAUAAAAAGUAGCAGAAGAAGAAAAGAUCCUUCAGACCGUCCUGGAGACCACUUCCUGUCGGAGCUGAGUUAGCUUGCUGCUAAUGCUAACUGAAGGUUUCAGGCAGCCAAACUAAAACUCACUUCUGGCUUCUUCUCAGCUGGAAUUAGUUUUCAUUGUUUAAUUAUUUUGUCUUGUUUUAUAUUUUAUGCUUUGGAUUUUACUGACAUUUGUUUUCACUGUAAAGCUCUAAAUGAAUGCUGAAUAAAGUUAUUAUUAUUAUUAUUAUUAUUAUUAUUAUUAUUAUUGUUAUUAUACAUUUCCUGCUGCAGCGAGUCAGAGCCUCAAACGUUAACCUUACACCUGAGCUUCAUCCUCAGCUCACUGUUAGUUUGAAGCUCUGUGAUUGGCUGUUUGUUAGUGAAAUGCACCCUGGGAGUCGUAGUUGACUUCUCUCCUCCAGAUUUUAUGUUCUCAGGCUUCUUGUAGCUUUUUAUCAAAGAUAUUUUCUAACAAAGAUCGCAAACUGAACAUGAAGCAGGAAGCAGCUUUCAGUGAGGAGGACCACCCAGAACCAACCAGGGCCAACCAGGACCAACCAGGGCCAACCAGGGCCAACCAGGGCCAACCAGGACCAACCAGGACCAACCAGGGCCAACCAGAACCAACCAGGGCCAACCAGGACCAACCAGGGCCAACCAGAACCAACCAGGGCCAACCAGGACCACCCAGAACCAACCAGGGCCAACCAGAACCACCCAGGGCCAACCAGGGCCACCCAGAACCAACCAGGGCCAUCCAGAACCACCCAGGGCCAACCAGGACCAACCAGGGCCAACCAGGGCCACCCAGAACCAACCAGGGCCAACCAGAACCACCCAGGGCCAACCAGGGCCAACCAGAACCACCCAGGGCCAACCAGGACCAACCAGGGCCAACCAGGGCCACCCAGAACCAACCAGGGCCAACCAGAACCACCCAGGGCCAACCAGGGCCAACCAGGACCAGGACCAGAUCAGCAUGAGGAAGAUGCUGCUCACACUGUGUAACUCUGUUACAAACUGACAGCAGCUGCUCGCAGUUUGUUUGUUGACAUUUCCAACUGAAUUCUGGGAGCUGGAGUAUAAAAACACACCUGCUGUUACCAGCAGUGACCACAGGGGCCGCCAAAUCCUCCAGGCCUGGAAUCACCUCUGUGAUUCAAGGACUUAAAACUUUAUUUGUCACAAACACAACUAACACGCAGUGAAGUGUACAGUGCCGUGCUCCUCGGGUUGUUGAAACAGAUUUACAGAGGACACGAGGCAGAGGACACCCAGAGGUCAAAGGUCAGAGGAAGACGGCAGCCGUCAUUAAAAUCAGAGCUCGCUGAUGGAAAACAGAACAACAACGCAAACAGACACGCGUCAUCAACUCCCAGCAUGCAUCUGUAUUUAGAAACGUGCAGCUGACCCGACUGAUCCGGGCUGGAGACCGUUUGAAGUGGUCUGACCUUUAACUGGACUCACUUCCUGUCUGACCUACAGGACGCUCUGAACUCUGCAGGAACAAACAGCAACGGGCCGACUAAACUGCGACCAGCUGUUCGCUUUACUUUGGACAUUUUCUAAACGAGAUGAAGCUUUUAACCCCCUAAGAUCCAGUUUGCCCCUCUGUCAUUCCCAUUAAGUAAGUUAAAGGUUAUUAAAAUCCCCUUCCUGCCCCCCGUAGUGGUUUUUAAAGGUAUCAGAGAAGCAAAGUGACUCUGACCUCCGGUCCUUGAUGCAGACAGCUGGUCUCUGGUCUCUGUGCUUCAGAAACAGAGUCUCAUCAGUUUGUCUCUGAUUCAGACUUCAUUAUAUUUACAGUCAAAUAUUCAGCAACUGAAAUCAAAGUUUUCAUUUUCACUCGACAUCGUUUCAAACCCCGAGGCAGAAAAGACUCUUUGUGUUCUGAGAGCAGCGUCUUUUUGUGGGUUUGUUUGUUUGUUUGUGUCACUGAGCGUCUCGGAGGGGCGGGGUUAUGAGGCCGAAUAAUGGCCGACUGUUCUGGAGACACAACAGAGUUGUUUAACCACGACGUCUCGUCCUGAUGUAACAGGACAGAUUCGUGCUGUGACUUCAGACGUCCAAUCAGCUUUUGUUCGCUCUAUUUAUAUCGAUGAGGGCGGACAAAAUAUUAGAAACACCUCUCUGAAACAGAACAGACAGGAAGUGGCGUCCACACGGACCCGUCCACACGUGCUGUGUUUUAUUUCUGCUGCUGUUUGAAAGCGCCUCUCAGGGUUAAAACGGCACAUUUCUAAAGGGAGUUUUGUAUUAUACAAAGAUACAAAAGUAUAUCAUGUAACUUUAGUUCGUUCAGUCUUUUGUCUCGGCCCUGCUGACCUCAGAUCUGUUUGUUUCUGUUUUAUGUCGAUCUCAAACCGGCAGAUUCCUUCGUCUCCUCUGUGGUGACUCAGGAUUGGUCGGCUGCAGACAGACAGGAACAUUUAGUGCUGAACAUGUUGACGCAUCACUUCCUGUCAGAGUCACACGGACGUGAAUCUCUUCUUCUGUUUACCUGCUCAGUUACUCAACCUGAGAGUUUCUCCUCUCUGCGGGGGAGGCGGGAGGAUUAUCAGGGAGGAGAGGCCGAGUUCCUGCGUUCCUCGAAUGCCUCGCUCUGGGAGGGUUAACCCCUCGUGUCCCAGCAGCUCAGUGAGGCUUGUUAUCAGGCGGCGAGUUCCUCACAGACCACCUGACCAGGACGCAGGCACAGGUGUGUGUCGGACAUGCUGCUGUGUGUGUGUGUGUGGGGGGACACACGU